GUAACCUUCGAGAAGACACCGAGUUACUUGUUCAAUGCCACCACCACUUUGUGAUUUAAUUAAUUAGAUAUUGAUGACACUCAAAUUGGUCGUGGAAGCGCAAUGUGUACGAUAAUACUGUUCUCCAUAUUGUUCAUUAUUUGGCUUCUACUUCGACUGACGGAGACUAGAAACAACAGCAAAGCAUGCUUAAUUGGGAAAACAGCUUUAGUCACUGGAGGCAAUAGAGGUCUAGGCUUCCAAACAUCGUUGGGUUUGGCAGCACGGGGCUGCAGAGUCAUAAUAGCAUGCAGGAGCAACGCGGAAAAAGAAAGGGAUGAGCUGAUCAGACUCACAAGCAACACAAACAUCGUAACCAAACAUUUGGACUUGUGUUCGUUCAAAUCCAUAAGAUCAUUCGCCGAAGAUAUUAAAAAGAGUGAGGAGAAGAUCGACAUUUUGAUUAACAAUUCCGGUGUCGGAACCAUUUCGGACGAACUUACCGAAGACGGAUAUCAGAUCAUCAAUCAAGUUAACUAUUUAGGGCCCUUUCUGUUAACGCAUCUUUUAGUCGAUCUUCUGAAGAAAUCUAAGGGUAGGAUAAUAUUCCUGUCGUCUUUUUCUGUGUGGUUGCAAAAUUUAGAGGUUCAAACAAUGGGGGCGAAAAAGGCGGACACCUCUUACUUGUUCGUGGCCCACUCUUAUCCGAACACCAAAGCCGCAACUGUAAUAAUGUCAAAUGUGUUCGCUGAAAAACUCAAACCGUUCGGAAUAGUCUCCAACGCUUUGCAUCCCGGCUGUUGUUACACAGAUAUUUUUCAAGCGGGGGAUGUGGCUUUCGGCAAGCUCUUCAUGAAGGUGUUUUAUGCCAUUGGAAGGAUUUAUUUUAAGUCCGCAGAAUCUGGUGCUCAAAUAACUUUAAAACUGGCCAUGAGCAAAAAGUAUAAAGACAUGACUGGACAAUUCGUUUGGGACUUUUUGGCUUCAUAUCCGUCACCAAAAAUUCUCAGCGAUAAAAAGUUCUCCCAUGAAAUGUGGAAAGAAACAGAGAAAUGGGUACAACUUCAGGAGCAUGAAAGGCUUUAAUUUAAAAUAAAAUGUAAUUUUUAAUAAACCAUUUAUUUUUCUUGUA